AUGCCUUCCAAAGUCAGCUGUACUACUGCAAUCGAGCAUGAAGAUGGAGAGUGCAAGAACAGUAACAGUGAUAACUACACAGACCUGAUGCAUGAUACAGAAAAUAGCUCUGCUUCUAAAGUAGGAGAUAAUACGAAUAGCAUUUCAUCUACCCAACCGAACAGUUCUAGUCGGGCUCAAUGUAGUAAAAUGAACUGCAAGCGCAAGAACUUAGCUCAAAUAUGCAUUAAACGAGUUAACGUUAGGGAUACUAACGAAGACACAAUACAAUCGGAAGAGAACUAUUUAAAUAUCACUUCACUAUCAACUGAUAACGGUAUCAUGGAGUACUCAGACAGUAGUAAGGGCUGCAAUAAAAAAUUCUCUAGUACUUCAAAUGCGAACAGUCAUGAGCGAACUCAUACAGGAGAACUCCCAUACAAGUUCCCUACCUGUAACAAGACUUUAGAUAAAGCGCACAGUCUCCAUGUGCAUGAGCCAAUUCAUACAGGGGAACGUCCAUACAAGUGCACCACCUGUAACAAGGCUUUCUCGAAUGCCUCUCAUCUCCAAAUGCAUGAGCGAAUUCACACAGGGGAACGUCCAUACAAGUGCACCACCUGUAACAAGGCUUUCUCGAAUGCCUCAAAUCUGCAUGUGCAUGAGCGAAUUCACACAGGGGAACGUCCAUACAAGUGCACCACCUGUAACAAGGCUUUCUCGAAUGCCUCUCAUCUCCAAAGGCAUGAGCGAAUUCACACAGGGGAACGUCCAUACAAGUGCACCACCUGUAACAAGGCUUUCUCUCGUACUUCUCAUCUCCAAAUGCAUGAGCGAAUUCACACGGGGGAACGUCCAUACAAGUGCACCACCUGUAACAAGGCUUUCUCGAAUGCCUCUCAUCUCCAAAGGCAUGAGCGAAUUCACACAGGGGAACGUCCAUACAAGUGCACCACCUGUAACAAGGCUUUCUCGAAUGCCUCUCAUCUCCAAAUGCAUGAGCGAAUUCACACAGGGGAACGUCCAUACAAGUGCACCACCUGUAACAAGGCUUUCUCGAAUGCCUCAAAUCUGCAUGUGCAUGAGCGAAUUCACACAGGGGAACGUCCAUACAAGUGCACCACCUGUAACAAGGCUUUCUCUCGUACUUCAGAUCUUCAAAGGCAUGAGCGAAUUCACACAGGGGAACGUCCAUAGAAGUGCACCACCUGUAACAAGGCUUUCUCUCGUACUUCAGAUCUUCAAAGGCGUGAGCGAAUUCACACAGGGGAACGUCCAUACAAGUG